ACUUUUUUAUUUAUUAGGCUGACCAGACGAUGAUAAUGCUUGCUACCAUUAGACACCUUGUUAGCAGCAAAACACAUCUCUUCAUAGUAAAACAAAUAGCACUUAGAUUUCCCUCAAAAUGUCUAAAAUGCAGCUGUUGCAGGUUUAUCUGAACGAGCGGUUAACAGCAGCGGCUGUUGAGAUAUUUGGGGCAGUGGAAAAUACCAUAGGAGAGUACAAGGAAGAAAUCUCCCGUUCGAAGGAGGAGAUCCAACGUCUACAAAGGUUGCUGGAUUUGGCUUUCAAACCCGACAUAAAGUUACAUAUUGCAGACUCCCAGCAGCUCACUCUCCCUGUCCCUGAAGACAUUCCUCCUGAGCAGCAGGACUGGAGCCCCUGUCAGGGCCAGGAGGACCCAGAGCCCACUCAGAUUAAAGAGGAACAGGAGGAGUUUGGGACCAGUCAGGAGGAAGAGCAGCUUGAAGGGCUGAAGUCUGAUAUCAAAGAGUUCAUAUUCACUCUACCCUGUGUAAAAAGUGACUAUGAUCAGGACCCUCCUCAGCCCUUAUAUCUUCCCCAAACCCAGACUAUGGAGAACAGAGAGAGGGACUCUCUUCCCACCAAAACAACUGAACAAGACAUCAAAACAGAACCUAAUGGAGAGGGCUACAGUGCAUCAGAACCAACAAGUGAAUCUCAACCCCUCUCUGCAGUACACCCAGACUGCUCUGCAGCUCAGAUUGGGAACAGUGAAAGUGACAAUGGGGUGGACUGUGGAGAGGUACUGUCAGGGUUACAGCCACUUAAAUCAAAGACAACUUGGACGAAGAAAGGACAAAGCUCUAUUAAGACCAGGGAAGCCAGUGAGUUGAAAGUUCCAUUGAGGGCGGCUCACUCAGGGGAGAGACCACACAGGUGUCCUGUCUGCAGGAAAUGCUUUCUGAAAAGUAGCAUUUUAAAAGCACAUCAGAGAAUUCACACUGGGGAGAAACCAUAUUUCUGUAAUGUAUGUGGCAAAUGCUUCAGUCAGAAGGGAACCCUGACGGAACAUAUGAGAAUUCACACUGGGGAGAAACCAUAUCAGUGCAAAGAUUGUGGCAAAUGCUUCAGCCGAAUGAGAAACUUGGCAGGCCAUAUGAGGAUACACACUGGAGAGAAACCAUAUAAGUGCAGUGAUUGUGGCAAGUGCUUUAGUCAGAAGAUAUGCCUGAAAGAUCAUAUGAUGACUCACACAGGGGAGAGAUCAUAUAUUUCCCCGCUUGUGCCAUCAAACCCCUGCAACAUAUCCAGAUCGCCGCAGCACGCCUGGUGUUCAACCUUCCCAAGUUCUCCCAUGUCACCCCACUCCUCCGCACACUCUACUGGCUUCCAGUCGAAGCUCACAUCAUCUUUGAGACCCUGGUGCUUGCCUACGGAGCAGGAAGAGGACCUGCCCCUCCCUAACUUCAGGCUAUGGUCAAACUCUACACCCCAACCCAAGCACUCCGUUCUGCCACCUCUGGUCUCUUGGCCCUCCCACCCCUACAGGAGGGCAGCUCCCGCUCAGCCCAGUCCAAGCUCUUCUCUGUCCUGGCACCCCAAUGGUGGAACAAGCUUCCCCCUAAGUUCAGUACAGCGGAGUCCCAGCCCGAAAACGUCUGAAACCCUACUUAAAUAACCCCCCCCCCUAAGAGUAUAGGUUUAAUCACCAUGCGCAAUGUCAAGCGUCGGCUGGAGUGGUGUAAAGCUCGCUGCCAUUGGGCCCUGGAGCAGUGGAAACGCGUUCUCUGGAGUGAUGAAUCACACUUCACCAU